CCCCCCUGCUAGCCCUUAAAAUAUCUUCCAUACAGUUGACAGGGUUUAAUUUUAGACUCCACAUGAGGCAGGAGGUUUGUAGCUGGAGUCAAAGUCAGAAGCUUUAGUUUGCUCUUCCCUGAGUCACAGCUUGGACAGAAGUUUGACUUCUCUUUGAAAGCAGAAGAAAGGAGCUACAUAGGGCCAACAUGUCUGACAGUAGAGACCUCGAGGAUCUGAAUGAAGAGGACAUUGAUGAGGAUGAAAUCCUCGCUAUGUUAUCACCAGAGGAGCUCAUGGAGCUCCAGAAAGAGAUGGAUGUUAUUAUCGCCCCGGAUGAGAAUGUACCGGUGGGACACAGACAGAAAGAUCAGACGGAGAAAGCUCCAACGGGGACGUUCGACCACAGAUCUCUGGUUGAUUACCUCUACUGGGAGAAAGAGUCCAAACGCAUGCUGGAGGAAGAGAGAGUUCCUGCUACUUUACUGCCAAGUGAGAAAACUUUGAGGGAGGAAGCGGAAAUCAAAGAAAAAGCACUCCGUACAGACGAUGGGGAAUAUGAAGUGUAUGAGGUGAUUGAAGAAGUCAUUGAGGAAGAAGCCGCAGAUGGUGCAGAUGGAGAGGAAAUCAUCGAAGAGAUCAUCGAGGAAAUUGUUGAAGAGGUUGAUGAGUGUGAUGAUGAGGAGGAGAGGAUCAAAGAGAGAGACAAAAAGUCACCUGAUGAACAUGAAAAUGCAGAUAAACAUGUCGAUCCUCCAGUCACUGACACAGAAAAAGAACCAGUAAGCAAAACAGAUGACAGUCAGUCUUCUUUGGACUCAAGAAAGAUUGAUAAUUUAACCCUAGAAGAAAGCACGCCACAGGUUGAAGAAGAAAAAGAUGCUAAAACGACAGACUCUCUGGCUCCCAAAGAGGCUCAAGAAGAUACAGAGACAAAUGAUGCCAACGAUAAGCUCCCGCAGAAAGAGGAGAAGAAAAUUAACAAACUUAAAAUCCCAAAGUUGGCCCUCAACAAUAUCAAAAUGACAUCAAGGCCUUCAGGAAAUGAGACUAAUCUUGAGUCGACCCUUGACAAAAUCCGUAACAACAACCCCUCAGUCACCGAUGUCAACCUCAACAACAUAGAAAACAUUCCCAAAGAGAUGCUCUUAGACUACGUCAACAGCCUGAAGAAGAACAAGCACGUGAAAACCUUCAGCAUCGCAAACACCGGCGUCGAUGAAAACAUCGCUUUCAGCUUGGCCAAUAUGUUACGAGAGAACCGCAGCAUCACGACGCUGAACAUCGAGUCAAACUUUGUUACAGGGAAGGGCAUUGUCGCCAUCAUCCGCUGCCUCCAGUUUAACGAAACGCUCACAGAGCUGCGAUUCCACAACCAGCGGCACAUGCUGGGUCACCACGCAGAAAUGGAGAUCUCACGUCUACUCAAGGCCAACAACACGCUCCUGAAGAUGGGCUACCACUUUGAGCUGCCGGGACCCAGGAUGGUGGUGACGAAUAUCCUGACCAGGAAUCUGGACCAGCAGAGGCAGCUGAGGAAGGAGGAGCAGAAGCAGCAGCAGGCCAAGGAGCAGAAGGAGAUGAUGCAGAUGUAUGAGAAUAGUCUAAACCUGCCGCCAGGUUUACUGGAGAUGCUCGGGUACAUACCGUCCCUAGAGCUCCUGCAGCAGCACGGACUCAUCCCACCCACGUCAGAUCAGAGCGCUGUACCUCAAACACACAACCAAACCCAACAGCCAGAGCCUCAGAAGAAGCUCAAACACAGAAGCAAACCUGAACAAAAAAGUGCUGAACCAUCAAACCCGUUAAAGAACGUCCAGCUGAAGAGGACGCCCAAGAAACGCGACCCUUUUCUGGACAUCGACCCGAGGGAUAACUCGAGACCAGAGAGGGCCAGUUUCCAACUGAGGAAGACUCCCAAAGUGAAGGAUGAUGGCAGCGAAGGAGUGACGAGUGAUAGAGAAAACCUGACUGAUGUGAUAAAGACUUUGAAGCCCAUCCCUCGCAGACGAGUGCCGCCAAAGGUUGACCUCACGCCUCGGGAUCAGCUGCUAAACGAGAUCAAGCAGAGCAACGUGGCCUAUCUCAAAUCUGUGCCGCUCCCUAAAGUCCUGGAAUCAAGUGAAACGAGUCUGCUCUGAGGCUUCAUCAUCAGCUGUUUAUUUACACCUCUGUGGUAUCAUGCACACUGCCAUGAUUCAAAUGAACUGAAAAAUGAGAGUGAACCAUAGCCACACAUAUGAGAAAUCAGCUGAUUGUCCUGUUGUGUUUUUAUCCUGCUGUUUAAAAAUAAAGGCAUACAAGAUUAGACUUAA